CGGGGCCGUGGCGCGGCGGGGCCGCUCUAGCCGGCCACGCUCUGUCUCCUCGGCGCCCGGCCGGCAUGGGCGGAGCGGGCGCCUCCUUCCUGUUUCCGCUCGCCAGGCCGGCGCCCUGCAGGGCAGCGGGACCUCGGCGCCUCCCCUCCACCGUCCGGCAGCGCCGGAGGAUGCCCGCGGCCGCGCUGGGCCCCUCCGCCCCAGUAUUUUCCCAAUAGAAAACCAGAAAAAAUGUUUGAUAUUAAGGCUUGGGCUGAAUACAUUGUGGAGUGGGCUGCAAAGGACCCAUACGGCUUUCUUACUACAGUGAUCUUGGGACUUACGCCAUUGUUCAUAAUUAGUGCAGCACUUUCGUGGAAGCUUGCAAAAAUGAUUGAGGCAAGGGAGCGAGAGCAAAAGAAGAAACAGAAACGCCAAGAGAAUAUUGCAAAAGCGAAGCGAACAAAGAAGGAUUAAAUGGGCAAAAAAAGGCUUUCCUUCGGCAAAGAAUCCACUUUUUCAAUGGAAAACUCGUUCAUUUUGUGUUGCAGCUGUCCUUUGCUACUUGAUCAUUUUAUUUCCUGAAGUAUGAAAUUUUAUCCCUUUCAUGUAUUUUUUCUGCCUAGAUGAAUUGUGUUAAAAGUUUGCCCAAGUGACACUUGUUACAGUCAUUUAAUUUACUACUUAUGUUCUGGUGCAGGUUGCUUUGCUAAAUUUGCAUGUUAAAUUAAAAAAAUAAUCUGUUGGGUGGCUCUGGAGGUAGAUAAUUUUUUUCCUUAGCUGAGUUAUGACUUAACAGGUGUCUUAAAAUUGUCAAAUUAUGGGGAAGAUGUGAAUGAUAAACUGGAAUUGCAGAAAGGGAAGCCUUGGUACAUUUUCAGGAGAGCUGCAGAGAUAAGCUACCUUCAGAGAAAGGUUGCAAACCUUACUGAUCUCCUCUAAGGACACUGCGUAUGAGGUUCAUUCAGCUGUGUGCCCACAGGGGCUGCUGUAACAUCUCUGACAGUGGGGCCUGUCUGCAAAAAGAAUGUACUUGAGUUUUUCCUGCUUUCUGAACCACCAGCUCUGAAGAGUCUUCAAAUUCAGCCCACUCUAGGAGACUGCUUGUCUGUUCUCAUUACCAUCAUUUGUCUUAAGCCACUCAUGUUCUACAAAAUACACUGUUACGUUGUUUUCCCUAACGAUGACUUGUAACUGAACGGUUCCUGCCUUCGGAAACUUUUAUGCCUCAAAAUUAGCCAUAAAUGGGGUGAGACCAAAAGUCCCAGGUGGCCUAGUGUUCUGUGUCCUAGUGACCUACAGCAAGUGGCUAUGGGGAAGUACAGGAUGAGGACGUGCAUGCUGGCGACAGUAGUUAUUCAUACUUGCUAGCCUUGUGGCUAUCUUUGAUGUAGGACCUUCUGAAAAUAGGUGGGAUCUUUGUUCUUAUGGCCCUUGAAACUCUGCUGCCUUCCAGGUUGCAAAAUGCUGGCAUGCUGGAAAUAAGUCCAAGUUGGGUUUGCAUUGUAAAAAUGCCAAAAUUAUUUAACCUUAAUUCCAAUUCAUGUUUUUCUAACAAAAGUGAUUAAUUUUUCAAAGCCUAAUUUUUAUUAAUACUCUAGUUCUACAGAGCUUGUGGCUCUUAAGGUUUUAGACUUCGUGCAUGUAUUUCUAAAGAGCAGCACAGAGUUGUGCUUUCUGGCAACUCUUCAUCAUGUUUAAAAAUAAAACCUUAAAAGUAAUACCAUUCAAAUGAGAUCUGUGGAGCUGGCUGGCACCAAGGGGGAUUAGGAGUGGGUAUUCUUAACUGAAAUAAAAACUAAAUGUGAAUUAUUGUUGAUUCCUCUUUCAACUUUGUUGGUCAAAGCAAGCAUUACUAGAAUAUGACAUUUUGGCAUUUUAUAAAUACAUGGCAUUAAGUUUCCAUGUUUUCUAUCAAGUGUUGUCAAAUGUGUAUGUGUUCUGUCUUUGAUACCUGCAUAUCUUAAAACACAUGGUGGAGAACUGAUGAGGCAUGCACUGCAUAAAUAAAUUUGAUACUUUUUUCAAAAAAA